GUACUGUAAAUGUAUGGGACUGCAAAGUGUUGAGAUUUGCUAUGGGAGGUCACUUCUGUGUUCCCAUCUUUGCUGGCAUUCAGUGGUCAGACAUGUCAAAUUUGUUGGGCAGUGAAGCUCAAGUUUUCCUGGCAAACACACGGCAGUCCAGUUUGCUGGAAGAAACAUUUGACGAGAGACUUCGGAUCGAGGAGCUCGAUGAAGGUAAAUA